AUGAAGGAACCGAAGUACUUCACCAUUUACGAGGACUUCUUCAAAGAUGCGAAGACCUUUCUGAACACAGUGGUUGAGACGAAGAACAGCAUUUUCGAUGUCAGCAGCAGUGGGGAGUCGAGCUCAGGGGAGAAGAACGAUGGCGGGGCGGAGGGCCCGGGGAAGGAGAGACACAUCGAUUUUUACCUGAACGACCAAAGUAACAAGGCGGUGUGGCACAAGGACAGCAGCAAUGAGGGGAGCACCACGGGGAAGAGCGCAAAUAGGAGUGGCCUCAAUGGAAGCGGCAUAAAGAGGAGCGGUCCAAAUGGAAGCGGCCUAAAGAGGAGCGGCCCAAACCGGAGCGACCCCAACCGAGGCCACCACAGCGCCGAAGCGGACGCGUACAAAAACAACCACUGCUUCUCCAACAUGAAUCACGGCGCGUCUAAAAUCCUGCUUUGCUACCAGAACACACACACCAUGUGUCUGUCCUAUAAACCAUACAACGAAAAUGUGUAUCAGGACUCGGCGAACAUGAAUUAUUCAAUUUCCAUUUUUAAGAAAAGGGUACCCAAUUUUGACAUGGAGGAGGAGAAGUAUACGUUUGAUGGAGAAGAGGAGGAUAACCGAGUAGUGCGCUUCUUGAAGAAGUGGACAUUUUGGCGUUACAGAGAGAAGGGAAGGAAGUUCCUCCUGAUAAACGAGGAAAGGAGACAACUGAGGGGGGGAGACAACGUAGGAAGGAGCUCUUACGUGGAGGAUGCAACGAGGACAGGAAACGAUGUACGUAGAGGGAUGGAAAAAAAUUCGAACAAGUAUAGUAAAAAGGAAAUGAUGAAAGAACCCAGUAGAAAAUUCCCCACGAAGAAGGGAAAAGGUAAAAGUGCAGAGAAUGCUGAGGAGGAAGCGAAAAAAAAAAAACGUAAUUUUCAACGAAAUGAAGAAAAAAAAAAGGAAAGGAAAAAAGGUAUAUCAUAUGAACAUUUGCUAACUCCAAGUAAGCAUGAAUAUGAUGCCUUUUGUUUGUUUAAUCCUCGUUUUAAGCAAGGAAAACAUCACACAGUGAUGUGUUUGCAAGGCUAUAAUGUAUCUGUGAUUCCUUUUGUGAAGGCCAAAAAACUGAAGGAAGAAGUUAAUGAAUUAUUUAAUGAAAUAAAUCCAUGGAUCCACAAAUCUCUAACAUUAUCCAAACUACGAAAUUUAAAAAUUGAUCUUUUCAAUUUUAUUUCUAACAUCCCGCAAAUCGAUAUUUCGACCAUUUGCUGCGCGUGGGUCUUCUUCGAAAGGCUGGUCAUUAAGGGGUAUGUCCAUAAAUCCAAUCGGAAGCUCUAUGCAGCUACUUGUCUUAUUUUGUCUCUGAAAUUUUACCAGCAUGACGACAUGCAAAUUUUGGAGAAGCUUCUUUUCUAUAUUCAGAAGUUAGACAAGAAAGAGAACUUAACGCCUUCGCUCAUUUUCUCCGUGGAGUUUUUGGUUUACCGUCUCCUCGACUUUUCGCUGCAGCAUACUUACGAGCACAUUCGCCCCCACAUAUACCAGUACCUGGAGUCCAAG